AAAUACUCGCUUCAUUGGCAAAAAAAAAAAAGGAAGACUUCUUCAUCGUCACAACUCACUCUUUCACCUGCAGCUGCCAUAGCCACAGCCGUUCUUAUUUGCCGCCUCUUCCGGUCACCGCAACAUCCCCAGGCUUUCUUGUUCACUUCUUCUCACUCCAUUUGAGCACUUCCAGGAAUUUGAGUGAUUAGAUCUCUAGAAAAAUGCCUCCCGCGGCUCCUCGAUCCGGUGAUGCGAUCUUCGCCAGCGUCGAACGCGUGAAUGCAGAACUAUUCACUUUAACUUAUGGAGCAAUUGUGCGUCAAUUGCUUACUGACUUGGAGGAGGUUGAGGAGGUCAACAAGCAGCUUGAUCAAAUGGGCUAUAAUAUAGGGAUUAGACUAAUUGAUGAGUUUCUGGCAAAAUCUAAUGUGUCCAGAUGUGUUGACUUUAAGGAGACAGCGGAAGUGAUUGCAAAGGUGGGUUUCAAAAUGUUUCUUGGGGUCACUGCAUCUGUUACGAACUGGGAUGCUGAUGGGACCUGUUGCAGCAUUGUUUUGGAGGAUAAUCCCCUUGUAGACUUUGUAGAGCUGCCUGAUACGUGUCAAGGUCUCUACUAUUGCAACAUCUUAAGUGGAGUCAUAAGAGGAGCCCUAGAGAUGGUGUCAAUGAAGACUGAAGUCACCUGGAUACGUGAUAUGCUUAGAGGAGAUGAUGCGUAUGAGUUGCAGGUGAAACUUUUGAAGCAAGUUCCAGAAGAGUACCCUUACAAGGACGAUGAGUAAUAUGCAGAGACAUGAUCUCUUAGUGACAAUGCACACUUGACAGUAAUUUAUUUUUCGUAUUUUACUCUUCAAUGCCUUCACGAAGAAUAGGAGUUUAACAACAUUUCCCCUGAUGUACGUUUUGCAUGUCAUCUUGUACCUUCAUUGAUCUUC